AUGCGUGGGUUCAAACAUGGAUCACGCAGUGAUCUCAACAGUACCUACAACAAGACAAAUUCCUCCUCAAUCGAAGUGAGUUUGAUUUCAGAAAAUAUACCAGUUUAUUUCAAUGGUGAAAAUGAUCUUCAAAUUUUGGUUGUCGUUAUAUCUAUAUUCGGAAUAGUCGGAAAUGUGCUCACGCUCUCUAAAAUUGUGUUGGACAAAGAAUACCAUUGCACGGUGUUUUAUGUCAUAGGCACUAUAAUAUUCACGGAUCUUGUAAACUUGUGUCUUUAUUUCAUUCAUGCAAGAAUACAAAUUGCGGACUUUAAGCUAGGAGAGCUUCCCUGUCAAGUGUUUCUGAUCGUCUUUUAUGGCGCCACUCAUUCAAGCGCAUCCCACGUGGUAUUGCUGUUCGGACUCAGAAGUUACAUGGUUUCAGAGCCAAUCAAGUUUAACAAGAUCACCAUUCGAAACAUAUUUUGUGCAUCAGCAGUGUUGUGGAUUCUGAGUGCAUGUUUUGCCGUUAUGUACUUCUUGCUUCGAUAUGAAUCUGGCAUACAGUCUUCGACCUACGUAAUCGUAACAUUCAGGGUCUACCUUAUUAUCAUCCCUACCCUCCUGAUUAUGGCUUUCCACCUAAGGAAGAUGCAUAGACUCAAAAGGCGAUCUAUGAGCAGACACAACGUUGAAACCAAUCUGAUCAAAAUGUCUCUGGUGACAACUGUCGUUCUCUUUGCCUACAUGUCCUCAGCCGUUCUGUUUCUGCUGUGUUAUAUUUUGUCGUUGUACAGUUUACGUUACUUGGAAAGAAACUUUAUGGUAGCUGCACAGUUCGCCUGGUUAAUAAACUGUAUUUUGAGCCCUUUUGUAUAUUUCAUUGCGGCACUGCGCGCUUGUAACUGUUUUAAAUACAUCAAGACAACAAUACAAGAUAAAUUAUGAAACCUGAACUAUUUCAAUUCAGCUUUGAUUUACAAAGAAUUAUCAAUAUGAAAAGAUCAAUUCAAAAGUCACAUCAUGUCAAUAUUAAUGUGUAUAAACGUUCAUCAUAUAAUUAAGAUACCUUCACCAGUUUAUAGUUUUCAAUUUUUAGAAUAUUUGACUUAAGUAUAUAUUCAAAAAAUGUUAUGAAAGGUAACAUUUAUAAAAGCCCCAGCGGUAUUCGACUUCAUGAUUUGUAGUAAAUGCUUCAACCCAUUGCGCCACGUUAUUAAUUAAAAAGUAUAUUGGGAAAGAAAAUAUUUGAAAAAGUACACUUAAGCUUGAUUUUCUUGUUUAUUUCAUUAGGAUUUACGUCACAAUAUGGAGGGGUCCAAAUUCACCCCUAAAACGGGUACUACAUAUUACGAAAUAGAGAAACUUAUAAUAUUUAUCUUAUUUUCUUAAAGGAACUUAAAACUCCUCUAACAAUUUAAUGACCAUUAGCAUCCAAAAUUGGGGACCUAUAAUUAACCACUCUUCAUUAUGACAUAACUAAACUCAUGAAGUGAUUAAGGAACAAAGAGUUUCUUUGUUAUAUUUAUUCCUGCACCGGUAUGUAAUCUGUGAACUUGUCUCAUGACUUCUUGAAAUUCGUUUACGAUAUAAUAACCAGUAACAUAUGCAUGAAUAAAAAUAAUAUAAUGUACAAUACAUAUUUCUUAUAACUACUCUAUCCUACAUACUAAGUAAAUGGACGAGUUAAAAUAAGUUUCCUUUCAAAAGCUCUGCGUGUAAACUAAAAUUGUGUGCAAUUCACAUGUAAAAUAUCUCUUUGCACAACAAGAAUAACAAAACAAAUUGAAUUGAUGGGUGUGAAACGGGAAGAUGAUUUUGAAAUCUCCCGAGAUAUUGCGCAUCGCGAUAAGGCAGAUGUAAUUUUUUUUUGCUGCUGUCGAUUAUUACUAUUUUUAUUUUUGUUAGAACGUUUUAUAUAUACAUGUAUCAAUAUAUAAUAAAGAAUGUAUUUUUUUUUUAAU